AUUCAGAGAGCAAGCAGAGGUGUUACAGCAGGAGGCCUUCAGUCUUCUGGAUCUAUUAAAAUGGGACUAAACUUGAUAAAAGUUUGGAUGCCAGUUUUGCUUCUCAUUUCCAUCGCUAAAGGCUCUAAUAUUUGCACUUCUAGAGGAGUCAGUACCUGUAAAGAAUGUCUUUCGAUUCACCCGACUUGUGCCUGGUGCUCUCAGGAGGUCUUUCAAAAGGGAGGGUCGGCCCUGUCUCGCUGUGAUCUGAAAGACAAUAUCAUUCAGUCUGGAUGUUCUGGGAAGUUUAUUGAGUUUCCGGUCAGCAGUGUGAAGAUAGUUGAGAACAUACCUCUGAGUGACAAGGCUGGGGGUUCAGGCAGUGACAUCACUCAGAUCCAACCUCAAAAAAUACAGCUCACCCUCAGGCCAGAUGAUUCCAGGAAAUUCACCGUCACAGUGAAGCAGGUUGCUGAUUACCCGGUUGACCUGUACUACCUGAUGGACAUGACCAACACCAUGAGGAAGAACCUGCAGACACUAUAUACUCUGGGCAAUAAUCUGGCCGGAGCUUUACGUGGCGUCACCAGUAACCUGCGCAUGGGAUUUGGAGCAUUUGUAGACAAAACUGUCUCACCGUACAUGUACACUUACCCACCAGAGGUCAUCACGAAUCCGUGCUAUAAGACUUCUGAGUUCUGCCCACCGCAGUUCGGCUAUCGUAACGUGCUGUCUCUGACAGAACAGGUAGAGCGGUUCACUGAGGAAGUAAAGAAACAGAAAGUGUCCAGAAACAGGGACUCUCCUGAGGGUGGAUUUGACGCAAUCUUUCAAGCAGUUGUGUGCAAGGAUAAGAUCGGAUGGAGGUCUGAUGCAUCUCAUUUACUGGUCUUCACAACUGAUGACAUUAGCCAUUCGGCUUUGGAUGCCAGGCUGUCUGGAAUCGUCCAGCCCCAUGAUGGAGAGUGCCACAUAAAUGACCAGAAUGAAUAUGACAAGACCACCAUACUGGACUACCCUUCAGUUGGCAUGAUCACGGAUAAGAUAUCUGAGAACAAUAUCAACCUCAUCUUUGCUGUAACCAGCAAUGUGGCUCCACUGUAUCGUAACUACAGUGAGCUGAUUCCAGGCUCAACAGUGGGAACGCUCACUAAAGACUCAUCAAAUGUUGUGCAACUCAUUCUGGAAUUGUAUGCGAAAAUCAGGUCUAAGGUUGAGCUGGAGCUGUUGAAUGUGCCGGAUGAGUUAUCGCUGUCCGUCACUGCAACAUGUCUGGAUGAUGAGGUCAUUCCAGGAGUACGGUCCUGUGACGGACUCAAAAUUGGAGAUAUGGUUUCGUUCAGCAUUGAGGCCAAACUUCACGGCUGCCCCAAACAGAAGAGUCAGACUUUUACAGUGAAGCCAAUUGGUUUUAAAGACGCUCUUCAGGUCACUGUGGACUUUGCUUGCGAUUGUACCUGUCAGCAGAACUCGGUGCCUGCCAGCCCAUACUGUCAUGAAGGCAAUGGGACGCUGGAGUGCGGCACGUGCCUGUGCGACCCGGGCCGACUGGGCUCCCGAUGCGAGUGCAGUGAGAGCGAAUAUAAACCCACUCAACAGGACAGCUGUAGCCCCAGUCCAGAGGCACGGACCUGUAGUGGACGUGGAGACUGUGUGUGCGGCCAGUGUGCCUGCCGCUCAAGCAAUUUUGGAAAAGUUUGGGGUCCGUUCUGUGAAUGUGAUGACUUCAGCUGCCCUCGCUCUAAAGGACAACUGUGCUCAGGUAAUGGUGAGUGUUUCUGUGGCUCAUGUCACUGUGGCUCUGGAUGGUCCGGUGAGAGCUGUGACUGCUCCACCCGCACUGACACCUGCAUGGGCAGUGGAGGCUUGAUGUGCAGUGGACGAGGUCACUGUGUGUGUGGAGUCUGUAAUUGCACUCAACCAGGAGCUUACGGCUCCACCUGUGAUAAAUGCCCCACCUGCCCAGAUGCCUGCACCAUCAAAAAGGAAUGCGUGGAGUGUAAACACUAUAAAAGAGGAGGGGGUCUCUUUGAGAAGAACUGCAAUCACGUCUGCAGAGAUGAAAUUGUGCUUGUUGAAGAGCUGGGAUUUUUUGAGACGAACGCAGUGAACUGCAGUUAUAAGGACGAGGAUGACUGUGUUCAGAACUUCCAGUAUUAUGAAGAUGCCAGUGGAAAAUCUCUUCUCUAUCUUGUUAAAGAACCAGACUGUCCAAAGGGUGCUGAUGUGUUGGUGGUCGCACUUGCUGUCGUCGGUGCCAUCCUGCUACUGGGUUUGGCUGCUCUCUUGAUCUGGAAACUGCUGAUCACCAUUCAUGACAGGCGUGAAUUUGCAAAGUUCGAAGAAGAGAAAGCCAAGGCCAAGUGGGAAGCGGCUAAUAAUCCACUCUACAAAGGAGCAACCACCACCUUCCAGAAUGUAGCAUAUCGUGGCAGUUAAGAACAACGACUGCUUGUGUCGAGGACAACUACUGAUCUCACAUCUCUGCCAAUCACAGUUGGUAUUACUCAGACUUGUGAUUGGAACUGAAUUGUGCUGACUAAUUCAGAAUGUACCAAAA